UUUAAACCGAAAUGUCUGUUUACAAUGGCUUCAGCACGAGGCACAAAGAGUCCACUUAUAACAAAGCUGCCUAUAACAUGCUGUUCUUGCUUCAGCACAUGGUCUUUAAGGCACUCACAACUGGCGAAUUUAGGAAUAAGGAAUCUCAAGGAGAUAUCAUAUCAGAAAAGAAAUUUGCUAAGCAUUUUGAGAAAUAUUAUACCAAAAUGGUGUCAUUAGAGAAGCAUAAGUACCAUCCUCCAAAGUAUUCAAUGGCGUUAAAGGAUCUGAGUAAAUAUUUCUGCUUAGAUGGCAGUUCUACUAUCUUAAUCAAGGGAGGACCGCAGGAGGCUUAUCCUAGGAACCAGACCCCAAUCAACCAGAUUGACACCCGUAAUAAAGACUUGUACCCUGAUGAUAAUAUGGAGGUGAUCAGGAGACAGAUCGCUCAGAAGUUAGACAGCAAGAAGAUCCUUAGUGAAAUUACCAAAAAUUAUCACAAUAGUUUUAGAAGAAAGUAUAAUUAUAGUAGCAAUUCUGACUCUUCCAGCAUUGGCCUGAAGGACAAGCUCUUAGAGAACAAUUGCAAAAUCAGGAGAAUUAAUACGAAAAAUAUCAGCUGAAAUCUGAAGAGAUCGACAACAGGAGAAAUUACAUCAGAUCUAAAGAUGGAGGCAUGCCCGGUGCCUUCAGCCCUGGUGUCAGAUAUAACCAUCCCAAAGAAGAUGAUUCCUUUUGGAGAAAAGACAUCUAUCUCUACCAAAGAGAUAAAGAUUAAAAGGAAGAAGUCAAGAGUCUUAGCUAAAAGUAUCUGAGGUGGCAAACAGAGAAGAUUCAGUAACAACUUCAUCCUUUGAGCAGCUGAUGGGGAGAAAGGCCUGACCAAUAUGGAUGAGGAGAGGCUCACAACUGUGAGCCAUCAGAAGCUAGGUGACUCUACAGGAGGGAAUAGCCGUAUUGGAGAGUUUAUACUUGCGUAUAACCAUCAGACCUCUUCAUCACAGAUAUCCCAUCUACAUCAUGGAACUACUAAGAGUAUUGGGGAAGCGAGUAACUCUACUGGCCGUGCCUCUAGAGCUGAUACUGCAAUCCCAAGGAAAAGAAAGCAGUUUCAAAAAUGAGAGGGCAUCAAGAAGAGGCUCCAGAGUGCUAAAGAGGAUGAUAAAGAGAACCAGAAUAGCAGGAAUUCUAAGAAGAAAGGGAGAUAUAAGCACAGUGUUAGCCAGAGCGGAGAUUUUUAUGGUAAUAAUAAGGAAAAGAGCAAGAGAAGGAAAAGAAAGGAUGGAUGCAUUCAGAAUUUAUCUGUAUAUGUAUAACCACCUAAGCAUUGAUUUAACUCCU